AUGGUCAUCUUCUCAGAUACCACCAAGCAGGUGAUCAUGUGGAAACUAACUGUGCCCUGGGAGGAACACAUGGAGGAGGCUCACGAGAGGAAGCUUGUCAAAUACCAGGAGCUGAUUUCACACACCCCCCUCCCCCCCGCAGAGCCUCCAGAAAGCACAGUGUACUCAAGGGAUGAUCUUCGGGCUGGCACUCCCAACACUCUCAUCUGCUUUGUGAACCAUUUCUAUCCUCCAUCCAUUCAGGUGAGCUGGACUAAGAACAAUUUGAAUGUGACUGAGGGAGUGACUCUUAGUCGCAUCUAUCCUAAUGCAGAUGGGACGUUUUACCUGUUUUCCACUUUGAGUUUCAUCCCAGAGGAAGGUGACAUCUACAGCUGCACCGUGGAGCACAAAUCUCUGGAUGAACCACGUACUACAAUAUGGGAGUCAGAUGUUGAACUUCCCCAUGCUGGUCCAUCCGUGUUCUGUGGAGUUGGUCUAACCAUUGGAAUUCUGGGUCUGGCCGCUGGAACAUUUUUGCUCAUCGCAGGAAAUAACUGCAGAUAA